AUGAGCUCGUUCUUCGGCAAGUUCAGAGGCAAUGGAGCCAACAGCAACUCCUCCGCCAACGGCACCGCAACGUCGAAAAGGGACCCGACGCCGCUGCCCAAGACGCCGCUGCAGAAGCUCCUCUCGGACGCCGGGCCAUUGAAAAGCGAUGGCAGCGACAAGUUCUUUGGCAUGGAGAACGCGCCAUUCGCCAACACAUGUUACUGCAAUUCCAUCCUACAAUGUCUAUAUUACUCUGCUCCAUUCAGAGAGUCGGUCAUAAACUACCCGCAGCGCUCUCCGCCAGAGUCGCUGAAACACGCACUCUCGACCAACUUCAAGUACCCGGACCCGGACAUCUCGCUCGAAGAAGCAUUGCUCCAGACCAAGCUCAAACAGCAGCAGCUCGCUACCAACAAUGGAGUCAGACCAACCAUCACCCCGCAGAACCAGAUCCCAAAGCCGGAGGACAAGGACUCGCCCGAGUACAAGAAGAAAGUGGCCAUGCACACAUUGCCCGUCCUCGAGACAACAGAUAACUCUCAGAAUUAUGGCAUGCAAGAGUCCCUUUUUACCUCGUUAAAGGAUAUAUUCGAGUCCAUAGCGGCCAGCGAGGAACGCGUCGGCGUAGUCAGACCGCAGCACUUCCUCGACGUCCUACGGCGCGAAAACGAGAUGUUCCGGACGGCCAUGCACCAGGACGCUCACGAGUUCCUCAACCUGCUGCUCAACGAGGUGGUCAACAAUGUCGAAGCCGAGGCAAACCGGACCUCCGUGCUCGAAGCAGACGCCGACUCAGAGUCAAGUACGGCAACGUCAGCCUCAGUCGCGACUACACUAGCUACCUCUGUCGGUGGUGGCAGCGCAAAGACCCCUUACAGCACUCGCUGGGUCCACGAGCUCUUCGAGGGCAAGCUGACUUCCGAAACGGAGUGUCUUACCUGCGAAAAGAAGUCUCAGCGCGAUGAGGCAUUCCUCGAUCUCUCCGUCGACCUAGAGCAGCACUCCUCCGUAACAUCAUGUCUGCGCAAAUUCUCUCAGGAAGAGAUGCUCUGCGAACGCAACAAGUUCCACUGUGACAACUGUGGUGGUCUGCAGGAAGCAGAAAAGAGAAUGAAGAUAAAGCGUCUGCCCAGGAUACUGGCCCUGCACCUGAAACGGUUCAAGUACACCGAAGAUCAGCAGAAGUUACAGAAGCUGUUCCAUCGUGUCGUGUACCCCUACUACCUACGACUCUUCAAUACCACCGACGAUGCCGAGGACCCAGACCGGCUGUACGAGCUCUAUGCCGUUGUCGUGCAUAUCGGCGGUGGACCGUACCAUGGUCAUUAUGUGGCCAUCAUCAAAACUGAAGACAGGGGCUGGCUGCUCUUCGACGACGAGAUGGUCGAACCCGUGGACAAAAGCUACGUGCGCAAUUUCUUCGGCGACAAACCCGGCCAGGCUUGUGCGUAUGUCUUGUUCUACCAGGAAACUACCUUCGAGGCCAUGCAGCGCGAACUGCAGAGCGACGAGCGCAUGUCUGCAGCUGCAAAGUCCCAAGAUGCCGAACUUGCACCUGUGGCCGCCCUCGACCUGAAAACAACAGCAGCGACAGCAACACAACAUCAGCCGGUACAGCCACCGCAGGAUAUCAGUCGGGUUCGCAGUGCUGUACCCCAACUUCCCGGCACAGACAGCUCGGCUUCGAGCUCAUACAACCCCAUCAAACUGAUACCCAGCGCACCGCAGCUGUCCAACAUGGACGAUACCCCGCCCACUGCCCUCCCGACCACAGCAGCCAACACCCAGACAGCUACUGCGCCUACGCCAUCCUCCUCCAACAGACUGCCCAUCUCUCUUCCUCGUAUACCUCUGAUGUCCCGAACUCCUGACCGUGCCGCUGAGAUCCAAUCCAAAAAGGAACGGGCUCGAGAAGAAAAGGACCGCAAGGCCCAGGAGAGAGAGACUCAAAAACAGAAACGCAAGGAGUUGGAGAAAGCAGAGGCUCGUCAGAAAGAACUGGCCAAAAUGGAAGAACAACAGAUCAAAUCCGCCCUGGACGCAAGUAAGCUCACGGCCAAGGAGGAGAAAAAGAGGUUGUCGACCGAGAAGAAACGUCUGUCGUCUGAGGGUGCGUCGGACGGUGCUGAUGGUCACGGCAACGGCAACGGCAAUGCUAAUGCUAAUGGUAAUGGGAACGGACACGGAAACGCCAAUGGAAUCGCCAAUGGCUUCACGAACGGCAUCAACGGAAUCGCAGGCGGACUGGGUAGGCUCAAAAUCGGUGGCCGAACUCUCAGUUACAGCAGGAAACACAAAGAUAACAACAGCAGCAGCAAGGACAAGGAGAAAGAGAAGGUGCCUGAUCUACCUGCUUCUUCUUCUGCCACCAUGAACGGCAAUCCUGCCGCCUCAAACGUCACCAUAACGCCCAAAAACUUCCAGCAGUCUCACCGGGAACUCGAUACAUCGUCCAGCGCCAUCGUAGAUACAGACCAGCCUCUCGCUCCCGGGGCUGCGUCUGGGUCUAAAACACUCGCACAGGUUGAAUCUCCUCCGCAGCAACAGCUUACUUCACUGCCUCAACCGCCUCCCGCUCCGUCACCGAAACAACCCACCACCCGACGAAGCAGGUUCAGCCUUCGCAAAAAGUCAUUUAGUGUGCUAUAA